CUCUAUGCUGAAAACAACUCUUAUCAGACUAGCGCAAGGAUUUUUUUUUCUCUCAAAUUCUGGUUGGUGGGGAUUAUUAGGUCGCAGGUGGGCUACGUCAAAUACAAACUGCACUCGCAGUUCCCUGCGCAGAUCUGAGGAGACACGACAUUCAGCUAAAAGCCUGAAGUUAACAGGAUGGCCUCGCUCAAGUUUGUGUUGUUUCUCUCCAUCGGUCUCCAAGGCUAUGCUCUGACUUUGAAUACAGAUAGUUUGCAAAGUGCUCCAGACGCCAUGAGAGUAAACGGGGACGUCUGCCAGGACUGCACCCAAAUAUUUGAACUCCUCAUCGACCUGAUUUCCAAUGCAGACCUCCAGAAAAAGAUCAUGGACGGGAUUGAGAGUCUGUGUGACCACCUGCCUGGACCGGCCACUACUGCCAAACUCUGCAAGGAAGAGGUGGAGAAGAUCCUUCCUGUGGCCAUGAGCUUCAUCACUGGUGUUGUAAAACCAGCGCAGGUCUGCAAAAUCAUUGGGCUCUGUGGCUCCUGUGACAAACAAGACAAGAUGCUCAGCUACUUUUUCAACGAGGCUCUUCAGGCUUCCGUGACAAGUAAAAAUGUUCAGCCCACAACACAAUGCUCCUUCUGCAUUUUUCUCAUCAAGACUUUGGAGGACUUGCUGCCUAAAGAAAGGACAGAGGCUGCUGUGAUCAAGCUGCUGGAGGAGAUCUGUCAUAUUUUGCCCCCUACCUACCGUGAUCAAUGCGAGGCUGUCAUUGGCAAAUUCAGCAAGUCGGUGCUGGACGCAAUCCUGAGCUACGCCACGCCUCAGACCAUCUGUGCUCUCAUACACCUGUGUAAAGGACAGGAGGCUGCUAUUUUAGACCCAUGCACUUUGGCAACAUACAGGUGCAGAGACAUGAAGACUGCUCUCAGAUGUGGAACUGUGUUCUACUGUCAGAGAUUUGCCUGGAAGUCUCUCGAGUACAAUACUCUCUAAAAAUGUUGAGGGUGGGACUAAAAUAUGAGUCAACAUCGGUGCCCCCAUGCAUGACCCAGAUCUUUCAACAUCAAACUGCAAAUAUUUCUCUAACUGCUCCACACCUGUGGCAGUCUGUCUGAUAGUACUUCUUUCAAAUACUGAUUUGAUAUAUUACUGCAUUUUAUGAUUUUGCAUUGUAUAUACUGGCUGCAUUGAGUGAAUAUAGCCAGGAACUAGGCUGACAAACUAUUACAGCCAAAAGUUUACCUGAACUUCAGCUGUAAGGAUAUGUAGCAAAGAUAUGGAAACUUAAUAGCAUCAAAAAAUUAAACCUUUUCACUAUUAUUCUGUAUACUUGGCAAGAUUUUUCUUAAAUUUUUUGUACUAACCUCUAUUCUAUACUUCAUCAGCUUAAUAAAGUUUCUUUUUGUAACACA